AUGAGAAGCACCCUGAGUUUGGGCCGUGCCCCCGGACCCUUCCCCCACCCCCCCCCCAUCCAGCAGUUGUCCAGCUGUGAGCUGAACAGAAACACCCGGCGAUGCCACCACCCCCCUCUGGCCUCCCAGGGCUCCUGCAGGCUGUACCAGACCUGCGACCACGCCCUGCUCCUCUCUGGAGGCUGGCAGCAGCAGAUCCUGUUCCAGCACCAGCUGCAGUCCCUCCAGAAGUUCUACGGGAUGCUGAGGGAUAACGGCUUCCACCAGGACCACAUCAAGACCUUCUUCUCUGGCCCCGGACACACUCCUGAGGGCAUGCAGGGCGCUCUCCCAGCGGUAGAGAAGGCUGUGAUUCGUCAGUACGUGUCCUAUGUGUGUAGGAAGCAUCACUGUGUGGACUCUCUGGUCCUCUUCCUCAACUCCCCAACGUGUACUGACGGCUCCAUGCUGCUCUGGGACCACAACCUCAACGGCAUAGCAGAGCUGAAGGAGCGCUACUCGGUGAACGAACUGCUGGUAGACCUGGCGGGCUGCAGGGCAAGCCGGGUCCUGGUGUUCGUGGAGCAAAGCUACAGCUCCGUCCUCUCCAAGAGGCUGCGCAGCUCCUCCAAACACCUCAACGUGGUCCCAAUCAUCAGCCCCGCCCAACAGUACCCUGACCCAGGAGAGGGGUCCUGGAAACACCUGACCCCAAGAACCUGCCUCAUAGAUCACCUGGGAAAGGGUCAAGAGAAGUCCGGCCUGCUCUCUCUGUGGGCAGGGCUACUGAAUGUGACGCUGGCGGGCGCACCCUGCAAGGCCACGCCCCCUCUAACCGACGCCCAGCUGCAGAGGGAAUACCUGGGCUGUCAGAACCUGCCCACUGCGCUCUGGUACCAUCACCGGACCUGA